UGGCAGCACGAGCUCUACUUAGUUAGCGUGGAGUUGAAACGGGAGACCGAGAGGAGGUCGCUGUAGUAGUUGUUUUUUAAAAGUUAAAGAAACUCGCAGGCGAACCAAUUCAGCGUGUGUCGUUUACAUGGUGACAAACUACAUACUCGGAGGUAACUACGUGUUGAUAUGUAACGGUCGAUCGGGGCGGUAAACAACAACAUUUAGCUCGCUGACUUCUGCAUGGUCGCUAGCUAGCUAACUGUUAGCUGUAGAAGCUACUUGGCUAGCUGGCUAGCGAGGUCCAGCCCAAAAGUUGUUUACCCCAAGUUGUGGAUGUGGUGUCCCCCCCCCCGAGCUUUUCGCGACUUUUCUCUGGGAUAAGAGAGCAAGGACCAAAUAUUCACACUGGAUUUAACACUGUGCGCUGUUAGGAAACUAGCAGGAUGUCCACAGAGGUUGAGUGUAUUAAUCAGGUCGACUCGGGUUUGACAGCGGAGAGCCAAAACACGUCCGGGGGGGCUCACCUGCAGAGAGAGCACGAAGAACAGGGGCAGAAACAACGAGCAGAUGGCCCCAACUCCGAGGCAGCCAAGAGCCCGACGGACAUGCACAAGAACUGCAACGAAAACGAUAAAGAAAAUGACCAAAGCAGCAGCAGCAGCAGCAGCGCUGACUUGGCUGCGGAGACGGUGAAGAGGAAAGUUGUCGAAGCUCCUCCGCCGAAAGUCAACCCGUGGACCAAGAGGACCACGGGCAGGAUGCCGAGCAACAACAUCAACUCCAGCUCUCAAGAGAAAGAUCAACAAAACACUCUGAAAGUCGUCCGUGCCAGCAAGCCCAGACCAAGAAAAACCAGCAAGUCAAGUGACUUCAGCGAUAUCACAAACUGGCCCACACCUGGGGAACUGGCCAAAGAGCAACAACAAAAUGUCCUCAACAACAAUGGAAAGAAGCCGCCCCCCUCGCGCAGAGAGAAGGAGAAGAGCAGUGAGCGAACGGAGAGAAAAUCGGAGAGCAGCCAUGACGGUGGUGAGAGCAAAGAGAACCAGGAGGCUCAGCCGGACCCGCUGGGAGAGCUGCCCAAAGACGGAGAGUCAAAGGCGGGACAGGACACCAAGAGCGCCGCCCUGAAGAAGAGAGGAGGUGGAGGUAACAAACGUAAGUGGGUUUCUCUGCCGCUGGAGGAUGCGUCCCGGGACGACGGUGACAAGACGGCCGGCGAGGGCCCAGCACGCUCGGACACAGAGCCUGACCCCACGUCUCCCAAUCACACACUCCAUAAUAACAGGGCGCAUGAUAGCAGCAGGAGUUGGAGAAGAGAGCAGCGGGACUUUGGAGAUGAGACCGCCAGCGUCCGGAGUGACAGUGGGAGCAUUCGUGGAGGAAUACGAGGCAGAGGGAAAGGUCGUGGACGCGGGAGAGGUCGUGGUCGAGGUCGUUAUGAAUACUCUCAUAACUUCCGGGACUCUCAGUCGUCUGACGGCUCUGUUCAGGUCCCCUCAGAGUUUGGCACCAACAUGGUUUACUACUACGAUGAUGGCAGCAAGGUCCAGAUGUACACAGUGGAUGAAAAGCUUCUUAAAGAAUACAUCAAACGCCAAAUGUGAGUAUUUGACAACUACUUAAAAAUAAAGUAAAGUAUUAAUCCGGUAGGUUGCAGUACAUUUCUGCUAACAACCUAUGUGAUUGGAAACAUGGGGGCUUUCAGAAGCACACUGACUAACUGGAAGUGUGGUUA